UUUAGAAUGUCAUUGAAUCCAUUUUAUGAUGGUUAUAAGUUUCACAGCCAGAAGUUGAAGAGUUUUACGCCAACUUGGGGUUUAUUUAGUUUGCAUACCAUGGGAAAUAUAAGCAACAUUAAUCAGGGGUGGAAUUAACAAUUUCCCCACUUUUGAGCUUGUUUUGAUCUCAUGAGGCUCAUAUCACCAGCACUUCAGCUGAAACAUGGAAUUGCUUUUGAUAUGAAUUCUGGAAAACUAUUCUUUGCAUGAGACGCAUGCUGUUGCAUUCAAUUCAAGCAUGCAGAGUAUAGACGCUUCUUUGCUGCAGCAUCCAUCAAGCAUCAGAUUGGUGGCCUGUUUUGAGUCCUCCAAGUUGUCCCACCAUGGCUCGCAGUCCACCAAAAGACUCGAUUUUGUUGAGGAAAGCGUGACCAGAAUGCCCACGACGGUCACUGAUCGUUGCUCAAGUUGCAAAAUUUAGGACAAUCAACCAUCAUUACUGCAACAAGUGCAUUGGUAGAGUAACAACAACUCUCUGUGAGUGCUUGCGAGCAGUUAUCGGUAGUUUUUGUGUGCUGUGUAUGAGGAGAUGGCGAAGUGUCCCGUUGCAACGGUAGGAAUCACUAUUUCUUUCCUUCGUUUAGGGUUUUGGCAGGAACUUGUUUAACUGAAAUGUUAUUGUAUGCGAGUUUGCUGCACUAUUGUGUUGAACACUGAGCAGAGCAUUGAGUCAAGAUUACCCAUCGAAGGAUUCAGUCGCUAUUCAAAGCUGGUUUGGAAGUAAUGAGGCGAGGAGGCUGUGGAGAAUUUCUGCAAACUCCAUUGACACCAAGAGAUGGUCCAAUUCCGAGUGCCGUGAAUUUUGAAAGUUGGGGAGCGCGUAGGUUUUGGCGGCUGACGAUAAUCGUGGCUUGUAGCAUGAUUAUCUACAUUAUCAUAUGGAGCUCGCAACUGGGGCCUCCUUCAACAUCCAUUGUACCUGCUUACCACCUUGGAUCUAAGAAAUCGGGAUUUGUGUUUCCCUUGCACCGCCACCGUAGUCGGUUUCCGGAUGCGAGUGAUGUUAUGGAAGGGGGGAUGCGGCGUGGACGCAGAGCAGCAAGCCGAAGGGAGUCGGAGGAGUUUCACGUCGAAAUGAAGCUAGGUGUUCCUCCUAAGAAGUUUCACUUUCAUAUGGACACUGGAAGUAGGGAUACGUGGGUAUACUGCCAAGUUUCUCGCAAUCUUGAUGAGCCCCCAAUUGAGUUGGGACCGAACGGAAAGUUUGAGCCAAGAGAUGAAUCAAGUUACAUCCAGUGCAUAGGACACACUGCUUCUUUGUGUUCAGAAUAUCAAUAUGAACCUCACUUGUGCAACAGUGUUGACAAAUAUCACUGCGUAAACGAUUUGAAUUAUGCAGACGAUUCCACAUAUUCAGGUGUGUUAGUCAACGAAAGCCUCAUGGUAUCAACGAUUGACAACAGCGAUAUGGAUGCCAUGGGUUUGUUUUGGUGCAUAAAUGAAGCAAGCCACCCUUUCACUGGAACAGAUGGCAUCAUUGGUCUAGGGAAUUGCAAGAAAACUCUUGGGGACCAGUGGACAACCAACAAAGUAAUCAGCCAAAAUGUACUCGGAGUUUGCUUGGCAAAAGGACCUGGACCUGUGGGAUACAUCUCCCUUGGUGUCAACUUCAAGAAAAAGUUUGAGGAAAGCACUUCAGUUUGGUCAAAGCUAACUCCAAUGAGCAGUGCUGGAGAGUGUGCAUAUUCUUCCCCACUGGCAUCAAUUUCAUUUCAUGAUAAGACUUUUGUAUUCACUUCAGAGACAAACUUGGGUUUUGAUACUGGAUCUGAUAUGAUGUAUUUGGAAGCAGUCAUUUAUGAACCACUUCUAGACAUGCUUGACUCAUACGCAACAAGUAGAGGGUAUGUCAGAGUGGAAGACUCAGUGGCACAAAGUUAUUAUGUGCAUCAGAGUGAACAAAGACAAUGCUGGGCACCACCUGCAAAAAUGCAGAGAGCUUUGCUGACCAAAGCAUCACCAAUUUCUCAUUUUCACGCUCUUACAUUCACCUUCAAGGGAAUACCCAGAGCCACAGGCCAUUCUUCUGAUCAGAAUCUAAUUGUUGAACCUGCCAGUUAUUUGAGUUGGAAUGCACCAGAGAGGAAGCUAUGUGCAAACAUUAUCCUAUCUCCAAAGGAUUCCGACCUUGGAGCUAUAGGAAUGAAAGGUCAUCUAUUUGUAUUUGAUGUUGAGAACCAAAAAGUUCAAUGGAAAGUGGAUGCAUGUACCUUGUAAUGACCAUGACAGGUUUAUACAUGUACCUUGUAAUGACCAUGACCAAGCCCGUAGACAGGGAGCAGAUUCUAAUAGCAUAAUGUUGGACAUGUUGGACAUUCUAAUAGGGAUGUUGCAAUAUCCUUGCUCCCUAUGACUACCAUCUAAAAUCAUGAAAGAUACUGAUGGCAUCCAUUAGUUGUUAUGAUGUAUUAAGAUUAAUGUGAUUCUUUUCACAUAAAUUACUUGGUCCUUGAUCAGUUCUUCCACAAUUGAUCCUUGAGGUAAACAGACGUGCCUUUUAUUUUUCAUUUAUUUUUUUGAAUAAACUUGUCUAUAUUUUAUUAAUUC